CAACAACAACAGCAGCAGCAGCAAGAGCAGCAACAGAACCAGCAGCAGCAACAGCAGCACCGGGCAGCGGAGAGACCCACAAGUUUUCACCCAGGAGUAGCAGUUUCAGGGGCGUCGUAUGGUGUACUAGAAGCCAGCCUGAGCGGAGUAAGGGACCUGACGGAGAGUCUGUACCAGGUCAGGGAGGCUCAGCUACGUCACAGAGCCGUCUCACAGGAGAUCCGGAAGCUAAAUCUGACCCGCUUCAGCUCGUCCUGCCCAUCACUCAACGAACCUUUCAAGUCUGUGGCCUUGUCUCCGAUAGAUGAAGGAGACCACCACAAGUCUAUGCAUGACCUGGUGGAGGAGGUGGGCCGUGGAUCUCCCCGUGCUGGUCACUCCCCAGGCACUCACAGCCCCCGGGCUGGACACAGCGCCGGCUCACCCUACUCAGCCAGAUGGACAUUCUCAAUCGUCGUGGGUCCUGGUGUCCGGAGCGCUCUGAUGCGGUGAGGUCCAACUUUCCGUUUGACCGCAAGGACCAGCAGACUCGAGUCAUGAUGCUAGCCAUGACCGGCAAGAGCCUCAGUCUGACUAGUCUGGACGCAGACGAAGACUCAGAGGACGAGGACGUUCUGGAAGCUGAGUCCCGAGCCAGCGAUGAGGUGGGUGCGUCGAUCCGGGCUAUUGGCGUGCCCCGGCCGGGCAAGACGGCGCCGGCUGUAGUGGAGGACAGGGAGGCUGAUGCCAGGAGCAUCUCGCCUGUAGACUCCACCAGUUCCAGUCCUACAGGUCGCGAGAUGCCGGACCCAGGCCUUUUGGUGCAGAGCAAAAUUGGCGGUGACCUCUCUCUGUCUUCUCACAACGCCCGCUCCCUGUCGGACUUGACUAGCACUGAGAGCCCUAAGCGCUUUGAUAAUGAAUCAAGUCUCUGCAGCAGCCCGGGUGGGCCCAAGCCCAGCUCGCAGCGGUUUGAAGAAGCCGGAGGCCUUGCAGUACCACAUUCCAACAUGACCAAAUCUCUCUCCACGCCAUCUAUCCCUCAGGCCACAGAGGCUUCAGGUGACAGAGCUAAAGGUAUCCGUGAGAGGCGCGAAGGAAAGCACAAUGAUGAAGACUAUCAACGCUUCCUGGAGGAUUAUGAUGCACAGUUUCGUCGACAAAAAGAAAUCGAGGAAGAGGAAGAAGACGAAAACGCUUCACCAAACGAUAAGAAAGUGGAAAUUUCGUGGAAAGACUUUAUCUCGGAAGAGCAAUCGCCCAACGAUUCUGACGAGAAGUCCAGCAAGGCAGGCAGAAAGGAGGAGAAGAGGAGGAAACCCAGCGUCUUUUCCAGGUUCCAGAGCAGCUACAGGACUAAAAAGAACAAGGAGAAGGACAGUAAGAGCAAAGACCGUCACCGCUUCGUGGCCAUCUCCUUCAGUAACGCUACUGCCUGCGAUGCGUGUCACAAACCCAUGGCGAACAAGGCAGCCCUGCGGUGUGAAAACUGCCUCGUGAACGUUCAUGAGCACAACUGUAAGGAUCAAAUACCGCAGUGUGACAAGAACAGAAAUAAGGCCCUCCAGCGAGAUGGCUCGUCCCACGGCCCUCACGGCACGUCACAGUCUGCCCAGGUCGCCCUGCUGGAGCGGCAGUCCGCCUCGGUGCCUGGAACGUCACUUCGACCUUCCCAUUCCUUCAAGGAUAAACGCUCUUCUUCCGCCCCUGUUAAACCUCAGCCUAACCAACAGCUGUCAGCUCCUCCCCAGCUGUCCCACAGGCACAGCCUACCCACGUCCAGCCUGUUCGGCUCCCCGCCCAGCAGCAGCAGCUCCGGGUCGUUCUUCCAAUGGCCAGUCAACUCUCCCGUGGGCCGCUUCAGUGUGCUAGACAAAGCCAUCAGCGAAGAGUCUGAGAGUGAUACCGUCAGUGUUAGCACCAUGGAUUUAGCCCAAAGCAAUAUGACGGAUACUAUCUCAGAGUCGAUGGAGUCUCUGGAUGCCGUUGUCCCUACAGAGGUGUCGUGCCUGGAGGAUGAGCCCGACCUACAACUGGGCAUAGAUGAACCAGAGGCCUGGAGCAUCACUGUGGACAGGAAGACCCUGAAGAAACUGAACACAAAGGAUAUCAAGCGUCAAGACACAAUAUGGGAACUUAUCCAGACAGAGAAGCAGUAUGUCAAGCGAUUGAAAAUUAUGCAAAAGAUCUUUUCACAAUCCAUGUUGGAAGACAUGAACUUCACAGUGGAGCAAGUGGACCGUCUGUUUCCUCGGCUAGAUGACCUAGUAGAACUUCAUGCCAACUUCCUUCGCCAACUGUUGGCUCGGCAAGCCAAGAACGACGACAGAUCUAUUGAUGAGAUCGGAGAUGUCCUCGUGGGGCAGUUCAAAGAUGGAACAGCAGACAAGAUGAAGAUGGUAUACGGCGUGUUCUGCUCUAAGCACACUGAGGCUAUGCAGUUGUAUAAAGAAUUUCUUAAAGUUGACAGGAAGUUUCAAAACUUUGCCAAAAGAUGUACCAAUCUCCCAGUGUGUGAGAAGCGAGACAUCUCAGACUUCAUCCUCGGUGUAACGGUGCGCCUUUCCAAGUAUCCCAUUCUUCUAGAGGCCAUACUCAAGAGCACAAAAGACAAAAAAGACCGUGAAAAUCUGAGCCAUGCACUGCUCAUGAGCAAAGACGUGGUCCAGCAUGUGGAUGAGAAGGUAGCAGCCUACGAGAAACUUAUUGACAUACAGAGCAAGCUGGAUUCACGAGCUGUCACGUACAAAGGGAAGAAAUUCAAACGCCAAGACCUGACAGCAGACAGUCGUGAGCUGCUACACGCAGGCAAGAUUGGCUGGAAAAGUGCGCGAGGUCGAGUCUAUGAUGUCUUGGCUGUGGUUCUCACUGAUCUCAUUGUGUUCCUUCAGAAGAAUGAGCAAAAGUACACCUUCCUGUUACAGGAUAACAAGUCGUGUGUGAUUCCGUUGUACCGACUUUUGGUGCGGGAGAAGCGAGACGCCCGUGACAGUCUGGGCAUCUACAUGAUCAGUCAGAACCGUGCCACGCCGGAGAUGUACGAGCUUGUGUGCAAAACCAAGGGUGAGCGAGAGGACUGGCUGCGCUUGCUGGAAGAAGCGAUCAGAGCCAGCCCACCUGAUGUGGACCCCAUGUUGUGGCCGGAUCAGAAUUCUGGUUCGGCAUCUGCCCCGCUCACUGCCAACAAUGAAGAAGAGAAGAGAAAGAAAGAGGAGCAUGCUAACCAGAUCAAACUGAUAAUUGAUCAACUCCACAAGAAGGAUGAAGACAUCAGAGAAUGUUGUGAAGAGAAGAACAAGUUGAUGACAACACUCAUGGAGAUGUCAGCACCACGCAAGGAGCCAGGCUCGAGACCCAACUCACAAGAGAUAGUCUGUGUCAAUGAAUCGAUUGAAAUAGUCCAAGCUGCAAUGGAAGAAGCCUCCAAACUGACGACUUUCCUGCAAGUUUCCGGUACAGCUCUCAGCCGUAGCGUCAGCAGUGUCGGGGAGCACCACAGCUCCUCUUUCGUGGCCACACCGGUUCCUAAACGUGCAGAGACUUUUGCCGGCUUCGACAGCAGUCACGAGUCUCCCAAAAUGAAUGCUGUAAAGCAGAGGUUUGCCUUGUCUGGGGAGGAAGAGGACCAGGAACAAUUAGCCAGCAUGCUCAGUCUAGACCAGCAGGAAGCUGACAAUAGUUUCUCGGAGGCUACAGACGGGGCUCCGGUCUUCAAGGAGCCUCACCCAGUGGAGGGCCCCGCCUCUUCCAGCAGCCCGCACGCCCUGAGCAGCCAGUCCCCGCUCCAACACAGCAGCAACGCCCACUUGUGGGAGGAGCAGGUCAGCUCGGACCGGUCAAGUGACCGCGGGUCACUGGGUGAACUGUCAGCCGCCUCUGUGUCUUCCCUUAUUCCAUCCCCGGCCAAUCAGGAACAGAUGACCUCCAUAUCUCACCUGGUGCAGUACCUCAAUGCUCUCAUGAACCUGACGUCCAAGCAGAACACCAAAGUGGAAAGCCUGAGAGCAGAACUUGCCGAGGCCAAAGAGGAGAUUGCCAAGUUGUCGGCUGACAUGCAUGGCCGCCGGUCCGUUUACCGCCACGAUCAGUUGGAGGAACUGAGGAACCUGCAGGAGAACAUCAGCCGGGAGAGGCAGGAGUGGGAGCGUGUCAAGCUGCAGGAUCGCAGCCAGCUGCAGCAGGAGAGAGAGCAACUGGAGAGAGACAGACAUGAGCUGGAACAUGAGAAGGUGGAGCUGCGGACCCGAAAGGAGGACUUGAAACGACAGCGGGAGGCCUUGCAGCGACAGAUCGACAUGAUGAGAGAGCAAGGCCUUUUGGGCUCUGGCUCUUUCGUAGAACAAAAUGUGAAUGAAAUUGACCUAGACAAUGUAGAGGGGGGAGACCCCUCUCAGCAGCGACCCAUUGUGCACCGUCGCUCAGCAUCUGCCGACUUCUACAACACCGUGACUGUCGCUGACUCAGAGAACAGUGGUCAGAACCUGGGCACAGGGGAGCCUCCCAACAGAGGACUGACCCGCCACCCCAGACUGUCGGUAGGAAAUCUGGGAACCCAAGCGGCACACUCAGGCUCCGCAGCAGCCAAACAGUCGGGGCUGCCCGUGCAUUUACUGAGUGCCCGUAAUGAGCAGCGGAUGGGCGGGGCCAAUGUUCAGCGUUUACCGCUCAAACUAGCGGGCUCCAAUAGUGUUGCCUCGUCUAAUCCAUCACAGCAGCAAACUGGUGUCGCGCCCUCCGCAGCAUUCUUUGCUGGCGUUCAGCAGCCUUUCCCUGGCCGAGCAGGCUCGACGGGGAUCUCACGCGUACAGUCGAUGAGCGCGCCUUCUCGCGCUGCCGCUGCACAUGGACAGAACCCAGCGGGACAGCUACAGAAUGAGAACAGCCGCAGCGCCCCCUCUAAUCUGGCCCGCAUCAUGAAGCUGGCAGAUCCCAAGGGAGGGAAAGCGUCCUCCUCUGGCGCAAACCCAUCCUCUAAAGCCCCUGCCCCUCAACCAGCAGGAGGACCCCCAGGGGCCCCAGUGGCCAAGUCUGAAGGCAAAGAGAACACAGCAGGGGAAAUCAUCUACUUCUAAAUGCUUAGGUGAAAACCGAGCAUGGUCAGAGAGACAUCUCCAGAUGAAGUUGACCUCUAGUAGAACCCCCACCUGCUGCCAUUCAGAUGCUGGAAGGAAUGAAGGACUGGCCCAAGGAUGCUGACCUGAUUGCAAGGCAAUGGGAACAAGAUUAAGAAGAUGGUCACAGCAGAUAUUAGCUCACGCUGCAUUUGUACAUCUGUGGAAGCUUGAACUGAAUUUAAACAGACGGAGAAUUCCCUCACGUUUUGGCAAUCUCGUGUUUACCCCAGAUUUACAGUGAAAAGUUUCAGAAGUAAUUUUUAAAAUGAGCUUGCUAGUCAUGAGAACUGAAGAUAAAAAAAGAUGCUGAAAGUGUGUUAUGUCUUGCCAGAGCCUCAUGAGAAUCUCACAUUUUGAGAGUCUUUGUUUUCAGUCUUGAUAUUCACCAUUUGGGCUAUGUUUUUGUUACAUUUUUUUGUAAUCAAUAAAUGUCCUGUCCAUGCUGGAAAUGGACUGGCAUUUACAACUCAUCUUAUACACUGAAGUGUGACGCUUACUUCGGGUUUGACUAUAUAUUUUCUUUGCCUGAUGAAAAUUGUGAUUGAAGUGAUGAUGAUGAUGUAACGGACAUACACAUAACCUAUCGUGAGCUUUGUUUCUGUAAGUAGGUAAUACAACCCAACAAGUUCAUGAUGUGACUUGGGACUUGACCCAGAGCUUUGGGAGCUUUUUUGCUUUUUUUUAAAACAAAGGUUCACUUUCUUCACUAAGGAUUUACAUAAUACUUGUAGAACUGGUAAAAAUUUACAUGAUAAUACCAAAUUAGUAAUUUUAUUGCUAUGGAUUGGUCGAUAUCCCUUUGAUCUUAUAGUCAUAGAUUGGACCGUCCGUUCAUGACAGCAUUGUUUAUGUCAGUGGGGCGGCUUCAAUUCUGGAUAAUCAUUCACUUUUAAAAAAUUGUUUUUCUGACCGUAAAUUGUUAAUUUAUGUAUAAAUUGUAAAUUAUGUCGUCUCCAUGGAACAUUGAUUUUUCUGUUCCCUUUUUGUUUCCGCCUUCCAAAUGACUUUACUGUGUCAACUAAGUUUUCAUGUCAUUGAAAACUCAAAAGAAGGGAGAUAAUAUACACAAUACAAAGAGUUCACAAUGCUCUGUGCCAAGCCCAUGACCCCCCACAAAUACCAUGGUGGACAUCACAGAGGGGUGGGCCAAGCUGCUCUCCCCCACCGUCUGGCCCCAUGUACACUAGGAGUGACCAAAAAACUCAAUGUGAAUAACGUAGCACUUAGUCUGCAUGAACUGAUAACAGACCGUACGGAGAACCUCAGAUUGUACUGCAACUCAGACUUACAGAUCAGAAUUUUGUGUUUUACAGAAGAAAAAUUUGCCUGAAAAUUGUAGAUGGAGUUCUCACAUUCGCAGUAAACAUUUUGUUCGCUUCAACCCCAUUUCUGAAUUCAGGGUCAUUUUGGGUAACCAGUAUUUACUGGCCAGGGUCCUAACGUUAUUAAAGCCAUUUUAUUUUCCAACUGGAAACUGUGUGUCUUCUUAAAGUCACCAAAAGACACAACGCUGAGUUCCUGGCACAGUCUGUUGCUCUCAGAGGUCCAAUUACCAAAUCUAUUACUGACAUUAUCACUGACACUGAUAUAUCUAGUACUUGAAGCACUGUGUGCAAUGGCACCAUAGUGUGCAACCCUAUCUCUCACCUUUAUGUUACAAAGACUGGCCCUUCACCUUUUUUUUCUUUUAGCUCUACUGUCUUAACCACAGGUUUACAUAUUGUUCUAUAAGAGCCAGAUCCGCGUAUCAUGAAUUUGGCGCGAAAAUUUUCUUAUUCACCAAUCGAAAACGCGUAUCAUGGGCUUCAUUUCUGUAUAAGUUUCAUUGAGUUCCCCGCCUUAAAAUCACUAUGAAAAGCAAAUUAUAAUGCUCAGAGUUUCUUCUUUCUUGUUAGACUGCCCUAGAUGAUUGCCACAGCCAAUUGCUGUAAGACAAACAAAAAAAUAAA